CUCCGCACCGCCGCUGGGUCAGAGCCUCGUCGGAGCGCCGCCUUCCAACACCGUUGUCGUAGCCGCCGCCACCGGAUCGUUAACCCACCCUGCCGGCCCUGCCCCAUUUUUGCGGCUAACACCUCUUCGGACUGCCUGCAUCGUCCCGAUCCCGUCGCCGCAGCCUCGGCGCCUUUCCCUUGACCCACCUCCCCCCAAUGUCUGACUCUAAUUCUCGAACUGAGAAACGCAAGAAAAAAAGACCAAAUGGCAAAGCAACCUUCCGAUGUAUGUUCUGAGUGUGACCGAGAAGGGGGACAGUUGCAGCCCUCUGAGACGCCACGCCAUCAGCUCCGACCCGGGGCCCCUAGCUCCCUGCAGUCAGAACCAGAAGGUAAUCCGGAAGGUGACCGGUGUUCACACGGCAGCCCGCAGGGCCCGCUGGCGCCAGCGGCCAGCCCCAGCCCGUUUGCUACCAGGUCCCCGCUUUUCAUCUUUAUGAGAAGAUCCUCGCUGCUGUCUCGAUCCUCCAGUGGCUAUUUCUCUUUUGACACAGACAGGAGCCCGGCACCCAUGAGUUGUGACAAAUCAACACAAACACCAAGCCCUCCUUGCCAGGCGUUCAACCACUAUCUCAGUGCAAUGGCUUCCAUGAGGCAGUCUCAGGCUGAACCUGCAGACAUGCGGCCGGAGAUGUGGAUCGCGCAGGAGUUGCGGCGUAUCGGAGACGAGUUUAACGCGUAUUACCCACGCAGGGUACUUUUGCAUAAUUACCAAGCAGUGGAAGAACAGCCCCAAAUGGUGAUCUUGCGACUGUUACGUUACAUCGUCCGCCUGGUGUGGAGGAUGCACUGACGGGGCCUGUGUCGAGCCAAGCUGUGACCGCCUGGGCCCAGCCCUGGCUCUUGCUGCCUGCCAGCCAGGAGCAGGCGCAGGAGGACGCUGUGGGGAACAUGAUCUUGACUUCCCCACUCGCCUAGUGGAAGAGCUGAUGGAGACGUGUUGUGAAUGUAAAUGAGGGCUGACUGCUUUUGUUUUUUCUUAAUGUACAAAUCGUGGUUCUUUGGAGCAGGAUUUUAUGCAAGAAUGGUGUUUACAUGCGCUGUGUGCAUUUUUUUUCCACCUCCUUUAAUAAGAACAGGUUUUUCAAAAAAGGAAAUGGAAACUUUGUAACCAACUCAUGAAUAAUUUUUGUACUAAAAUUUUAAGAACCUAUUGCCUACUCAGAGGAUUCUGUAAACCUACAAUGGAAACUGAGCCAGCUAAUGUAUACAGCUGCCUUAGUUUAUUUUUAGACAUUACUGUACAGAAUUGUUAAGCUGAGCAAGGUCUGACAGGUCCCUUCCCUUCCUUGCCAUUUCCGCUUUGAUUCUUUUUUAUUUUUGUAAUUAUUGUUAAUACCUGAAGAAUUUGUAGGGACUGGGAUGGAUGGAAGUGGCAGAGGGCCUGCUGUUGAUUGAUGAGCCACUCCUGUUUUGUAAAUAUCUGUUUACCUCCUGAGUGCAGUGGCACCCUGGCAAGCCUUCUGACCAUGCUUGCGGGUUUUACACAGUCUUCUUCCAGGAUGCCCCUCUGGGCCGGCUGUACUUGGGCACAUCCUGAUCCGGGGCCUCCCCAUGAUCAGGAGGGACUGAGGCAGAGCAUGAGUUAACGCCCACGCAUGUCUUACGCAGCUCAGGCCAUCUGUCCGGUAACUGGCUCGCCAGGCAUUCGUUGGGGCUGGUUUUCAUUUAGUCUUGAUGGGCAUAGCAUCGGGAGAUUGUUGAGAAACCAAGAGCCAUGGCAACAGCUGACCUGGGAUCAGGGCCUUGGGCACUGUUGGCUUUCCCACUGCCACAGGUGCAGGCUCAGCAGCAGCCCCAGGCAUUCCGGGCGGGUACCCUCCUGACCCUCAGCCAGGAGCUGAGGGGGCUGCAUCCAGGGUUUAUGUCCAACCCAGGCUGCCUGGCCUGUGAUGCCUAACUGUCCACCCCAGCUCAUGUCGGUCUACUUGGAAAUCCAGGCUGAAUUUUCCACUCUCCCUGGCGGGUGGGAGCCUGAAUUCUCUUUCUCUACUCCUCUGAGGUCAACCCCUUCCAUCUCCACUCUAUGGGAAAUAUUCCAUCUGGGGGUGUCCCCUGGAAAGGCGGUGCACGGAGCACCCUCACGUGAGUUAGUCAUUCCAAAGCCAGACAGACCAACAACCAGGGAGACCCCAGAGACAGGCCAGGGAGCAGGGAAAGACUAGGAGGAUGCGUUGCACCUCUGACUAGUGUCAAUCAAGAAAUAACUUUUCCAAAGACCGGCACGAAAGGAGUCAGCCGUGCCAACGACUGCAUUGGCUUUUGUCUGGCGGUGGACUGGUAUUUUUACAUUUUAUUAAAUUAAGGGGACGAAAUCCAUUGCCUUGUGUUGUCACAGUUUUAUAAAUAUAUGUGUAUGUAUGUACAGCCUGUAUACUUUUUUCUUUUAGAUAGAGAUGAUUUGAUUCCAAAAUGCUUUUUUUUAUUAUUAUUAUUUUAUUUUCCUUUCCCCAGAACCCUCCCUGGAGUUUGGGAGUUUCAGAAGCCAUGUGCAAGCUCCAGUUGUUUCUUGUUGUGUUCUGAGGUUAUUCAUGGGGUCACACACGCAGUCUAUGGUUGCGGAAUUGCAGCCGCAGGUCUGCUGGGCGUCACACACCAAAGAUGUACUUGGUUCUGGACUCCCCCUCCCACCCCCUGCCCUGUUCCAUCCCAGGAUCUCCUUACCCACGUGCCAGUCUGUGACUGGAGCACUUUACUCUCUCCCUUCAGCUGGGUGCUUCCCCUUCCUCCAGCCAGAGCACCUGCUAACAGGUGCUGGGGGCUCUGGUGGCCACUGGGAGUGUGUGUCGCGAGCGUAUGCCUCCUUCGGCCCAGCAGUACCCUGUCUCCCCCAGCCCCACCCCGGGCUCCAGGCUGGCUGGGCAGUGUGCGGCUCUCUGAGUUGUAGAAGUAUUAAGGAGUGCGCUGCAGACUGUGGGGCCCCCGUCUCUGUCUCAAUGCCUCUCAACAGACACAGUAUCUGUCCUGGCUAGGCCUCUUUUAGCUUUUGUUGCUGUUGUUGUUGGUUUUUUAAUUUUUGUAAAAAAAAAAAAAUCCCUUUUUGGAUACAUAAAGCGGGUUUUGUGCCUUGACAACCUCUCCUCGUGUGAGGCUUGUAAAAAGUGUCCUGUGACUUUGCACCAAGAUGCAAUAAACACACACGUGCACACACACACACACACACACACACAGGGACUUCAUAAGGGAUUCUAGAUUUCCUUCCCAGAAAAAGUUGAUUUAAGAAUUUUUAGUUGGGGGGGACGGAGAUUAGGAUGGGGAAUUAUGGAGAAAACAUUUUUUUAAAACUUCUUGUGAUUUGGAGAGAAAAAAAUGCAAUGGAAUACAAUUUUCUUCUGUUUUCCCUUCUUAAUAUUGUAUGUAUUUUGACUAUUUAUUAGAGUAGGAAUUCAGAUUUUUUUUACUUACCAACUGAGCCAGAUGUUCGUGUGCAAUUGUGUUUCCUUUACCUUUCUUGUAAAAUUUUGUACAGCAUCAAUGAGUAACGAAAAAAAAAAUCACUGUUUUUCUAAACUUUUUAGAAUCAAGGACUGUAAAUAUUUGUAGAUUUCUUUUUUUUUUCUGUGUAAUGUGUCCUACUGUUUCAUAAUGCUGUAACUUGUAGAAACAUUGUAUAUUUAUUUUCUGCUUAUUUAAUGUCUUAAGUUCUUGAACGUGUAGACAUCCCUGCCCCCUCCAAGGCCCCCCUACCCCACGGACUGCCUUCCCCCUCCAGGUGUGGGGUGGCGACCGGCCCUGCAGCUUCGGUCCCUGCUGUGAAUGGUCCAAUAGGUUUCAGUUCUUGGACUCUCCUGCCCUUCGCUUGUAUGUAGAUGCCAAUGAGGUAAACACAAAUCCUGCUGGCUACCAAAUUCCGCUUCGAGAAAUGCCCAGCAACUUCCUGUUUGUUUCAGACAAGCCAGCUAGCUUCUCAUCAAAGCACAAUUUGCUAACUCCAAAGCAUAGCUUGAAAACAAAAAAACAAAAAAGUAAUGUAUUAUCAGCAUAGGGGAUUUUCCCAUCAAGCUUUCACCCCUGACAGCUCCUGUGUGGAGGAUAUGCAAAUAUGCCACCCCUGGAGGUGCUGAGGGAAGGUUAGAGGGGUGAGGGCCACGCUGGACCGAGGCUUGGGUGGCUGCCAACAACCCCUGGGCAGCAGGAUGUAAGGAGCUAACCACGGCUGCCUAUGUUUUGCCAUGUGCGCUGUGUGUCUCCAGGAGCCAACUGCACAGCCGUCUGCUGUCCCCCAACUGUGCAAUCAUCCUGCUGUUUCAGGUCCAAGCCUUCCCUCCAUCCCCUGUGAGAACACAGCUGUAGGGGGGAAGGAAGGGUCCCACUGGGUUUGGGGAGCAGAGUGUAAGAUGUGAAAGCUCAUGGAAGCCCUCAGGGACUACUGGGGCUCCGUCGUCCUGCUGCUGUAGCCCAGUGCCUGCGUGUUGCCUGUUCACCACCACCACCACACACCUGUAUGUGUGUGUGAGGGGAUGUGUCCACAUGUGAAUGCUAACUCGGUCAGGGUCUGCUACAAACAGUGCUGUGUGCAAGAAGCAUCCUCAACCUCCGGCUCCAUAACUUGAAUACUUUUCUUUGGAAUUUCAGUUCGAAGAAGCUCUCUUGGAUGCUAGGUUUUCUGUCCAGGUUCUGUGAUGACGAGUUACUGUAUCCAAACUCAUCAGGUACCCUUGUAUAAAUAGCACUGAUCUGUGUGUAUACUGAUCCAUCACCACCUUGUUCCCUAGGACCCAGUGUAUGUAGCAUUUGUAUUGCAAUUUCCCUGGCUUCCUUGUGUUUUGCACUGAUCAAUUUUGACAGGGUAAUUGCCACUUUACUUGUGCAAUACUGCUGUAAAUAACUGCAGAUUUUUUUUUUUAAGAAACUCAAUCUUUUAUGUUCUUAAUGGAUUUUAUAUAAAUAAAACUUUCAACUAA